GUGAGGCUGCGAUAGGUGGCGACGGGGCAACAUGACGUUUGAUUUGGAGCAGGUGCUGCACCACCGGGUGGUGCGGACGGGUGAGGCCGAGGGCGAGAGCGCGGUGCCGUCUGCAAGCGAACGGAGCGCGGCCAUUGCGGCGGCCGAGGAGGCGCUGGCGGCGGCCAAGGCAGCGCAUGUGCAGGCAUUGCGUGAUGCCAAGACUGCGCUUGACGCCCACGAGAAGGCUCUGGCCACCGCCGAGGCGGCGCAGGCGACGCUCGACGAGCUUGGCGCCGGCAUUGAGCAUCUGGAGAGCCAGCUGGCCGAGGCCACCGAGGCUGCCGCCGCAGCUGCGCCCAAAGUCAAGGCCACCGAGGCUGCCGCUGACGCCGCGGCCGACGCUGUCGACGACGCCAAUGACGAGCUCGAGCGGGUCACUGCUCUGCCCGUUGGGGUCGUCUACGAGAAGGAUCUGCCGCGCCCGUACCGGGUCGUUGCCCCGGCCGAUCCCAUCUCGCACAACACCUGCCGCGACCGCCUCUCGCUCUGGCUCAACGCGCACGGCGUCGUCAUCAAGGCUGAAUAUGCAUGAAUACGGGCAGGUGUGAGACUUACGGGGAAGAAAGGGAGCGUUUUCGUUCAAUGGGCCUGCGCAGCAAGAGCUGCGGCGAGCGCGGCCACGCAGUGAAGCACGGCGAUCGCCACAGCCGGCGUGGUAGCGGCGUCAGCAGGCGGCUACGACGCCAGCGCGCGCGUGGCCGAGACAAAGUCCUGGUAGUGCGAGGCGUAGGCCUCGGCAAGAUGCUUAAAGGCGGCAUCGACGGCCGAGGCGUCCGGCGCGGC